AUGAUCAGUAGAGGGCAGUGGCUGGAGACGAUUUCUCGAUGCACAAGCUUCUCUGAGGCGAAGAUCAUCGACCAGAGUCUCCGAUCGCCAGCUGCGGCAGCCAAGGACGUCUUCUUGCAGGAAAAGCUUGUGGAAAUGCACGUCAAUUGUGGCGGCAUCGAUGCCGCGCGAGAGAUUUUCGACACGAUCCACUCAAGAUGUUCGAUCUUUACGUGGGAUUUCAUGAUCAACGCCUACAUUCAAUCAGGCCACACCGAUCACGCCAAGGCACUGUUUGACAAACAUCCUGAGCCAGAUCUCGUGCUGUGGACAAGGAUGAUCACGGCAUUUGCCAAAAUGAGGGAUUUGGAGCAAGCGAAAGUAAUGUUUGAUGGCGUGCCACUCCGAGAUCUCGUAUGCUGGAACUCCGCGCUCGCUGCUUUUGCUCAAAACACUCCCCUUGAUGGGUUUAUGCUUCUUUUCAACGAGAUGCCGGAAAGGGAUUUGCUGUCUUGGACUACAGCACUUACCGCCAUCGCGCGUGCUGGGGACUUACAACUCGCAAGAGAGUUUUUCCUAGAAAUGCCGCAGCGGAACUGGUUGUCUUACAACAUUUUUCUUGGCGUGUGUGUAUGUUCUGCCUCUCUUGAAUGUGCUAAAGACGCGUUUUAUGCCAUGCCAGAGAGGGAUUUGUUCUCUUGGAUGUCAAUCUUAACAGCAUAUGCUCAAGCCCGGCAUGUCGACGGUGCAAAGAAGAUUUUUGAUAUGGUGCCGGAGCACAACCUCGUUUUGUACACGGUUAUGAUCACAAUGCUGUUUCAAGUAGAUCUGUUUGAGGACGCUCAAACUUUGCUUCAAAAUGUGUCUCACGUAGAUCUAAAACUGGCAUCUGCUGUUUUAGUAGCAUAUGCCCAAUCAGGGCAUAUUUUAGAGGCAAAACAAAUGCUGGAGAGCAUGCCGGAAUUAGACUUGAGUUCUUCGGCUGCCAUGGUUGAAAUGUUAAUAGAAUCAGGAAAGGUUUUUGAAGCAGAGGGUGUGUUCUAUGGGAUGCCCGAGUGGAAUCUUCUCUCGUGGACGUCACUUAUGUCUGGAUAUGCCAAAGCAGGGUACAUUGCAAUGGCGAAGCACGCAUUCGAGAGCAUGCCGGAGAGAACUAUUACGGUCUGGAAUGCUUUCUUAAACGGAAUUUCGAGUCAUUUUCUUGUGACAGAAAUCAACAGAAUGUUUUUGCGUAUGCCUCAAUGGGAUCUUGUCACGUACUCUCUGAUGCUCACUGCAUAUGCCCAAGCUGGUCAUUUCAGAGAAGCCAGAGUUUUGUUUGAUAGCAUGCCUGAAAGGAAUCUUUGCUCAUGUAACGCAAUGCUUUCGGCUUGUGUAGAAGCAGGGAAUCUCGAAUACGCUAAAACCAUCCUCAACAACAUGCCCGUGUGUGAUCUGGUGUCAUGGAACACACUCUUAGGAGUAUACAACCAGUUGGGGCAUAUUAACGAUGCAACGAAGUUGUUUGAUUCUAUUCCAGAGUUAGAUCUCAUCACUUGUAAUACCAUGAUAUCAGCUUUUACAAGGCACAGGUUUAUGCAAAGAGCUCGACAGAUUUUUGAGGAGAUGCCACUGAAGAAUCUCCUAACUUGGAACUCUAUGCUUUCUCUGUAUGCCCAGGAUGGGCAUGUGGAGGAUGCCAAACAAACGUUUGAUAAUAUGCCUGAGAGGGAUCUCGUCUCAUGGACAUCGUUGUUAGCGGCGCAAAAAUCCCAGUCUCUUUCAGCCAUGGCCAACACUUUCUACAAAGGAAUGCCAGAGCACGACGUCGUCUCACGGACCGUAAUGCUUGCGGCAUUUGCCCAGAAAGGAGAUUUCGGGCGAUCCAAGAGGAUGUUUGACACGAGCCCGGACCAAGAUCUAGUGCUCUGGAGCGCAAUGCUCGCCGCUCACAACAGCUGCAGCAGCAACGACGACCCCCGAAGCUCGUUACCUUUCCAAACAUUCGACGCCAUGAAGGCAGCGGCUCUGAAACCAGACCCCGCUUGUUUCGUGUCGGUCCUGAUCGCUUGCAGCCACCACGGCAAGCCCGCCGAGGGGAGGCGUCACUUGGUCUCGAUGAGAGCCGACUUUGGCCUGGGAGCGUCGAAGCAGCACUACUCCUGCAUGGUGGACGCGCUCGCCCGGUCCGGCUACCUCGAUUCCUGCCAGGAGCUCGUGGAAACCAUGCCUUUCGCGGCCGACGUUGUGGACUGGACGUGCUUGCUGGGUGCUUGGGUGAGCUACGGAGACGCGCAAAGAGGGCGAGCGGCGGCGGCACGGCUGCUGGAUCUGGAUCCUGGAAACUCGGCAGCACUCUUGUUAGUACAAAGCUUGCGACAAAACAAGAAGUUAACUCCUCACUGUAAGAUUGUCUGUUCGCUUCCCGAGGAAACAGUAGCUUGUUAA